UGCCUCAUAUAAACUUGGAAAGAGAGGAACUGCUGGUAAACCGGCACCCAGUUGGUUGCCCAACCUUCGUUGCUCGUCACCAAUACCCCGAUACGUUUGCCCAAAUGAAACCAGAGAAUGGGAGCCGUAUUUUCAUUUCAGGACUACCGAGAGAUACACUGAGUCAAGACUUAGAGGACCUCAUGACAUCUACUGUUGGCCCAAUUCAUGAGGCAUACAUUGUUUACCAGUAUGGCGGAACGCCCUUGUACAAGACUUCUGUCGAUGGCUCAAAACCAAGAAGGGACCCGGAUGCAGAAAAGGCCGAGAACAUUCGCAACGUCGUCUCCACUGGUUGCGGAAUGGUUCAUUUUCAGAAAGUCAAGGACGCUAUGGAAGCGUGGGAAAAGUACCAUGGGAAGUUUGUAGAUGGGAAAUCGACAGCGCUUAGAGUCCAGAUUGUGAUCGAUGCUGAUGAAUCGUGGAUUACGGAUCGACCAAUUAACGAUACUCCUUUG